CAGUAUUAUAAAGCAGCGCCUUCUCGCCUGCAGCAUCCAGUCAGGCAAACCCAAGUGUGUAGCCGACGCGCUCCUCCUGCGGCUGCUACCACGAGUGGGGAAAAGGGUCGGAAGCUUGCUACCAUUCACUCCCCAGCCUGCUGCCCGGCGUCUGCCACGAUGUGCCGGACACUGUCUGCGUUCCCCAGCACCUGUCUGGAAAGGGCCAAAGAAUUCAAGACCCGUCUUGGAAUCUUCCUUCAUAAAUCUGAAUUGGGGACAGAAAGUGGAAAUGUCAGCAAGUUUGAGUGGGGCAGCAAACAAAGCAAAGAGAAAUUUGUUCCAGAAGAUGUGUUGGGAUGGAAGGAGUCCUUUGACCAUUUACUGAGUAGCAAAAGUGGGAUAGCUGCAUUCCGGGCCUUCCUGAAGACUGAGUUCAGUGAGGAGAAUCUAGAAUUCUGGCUAGCCUGUGAGGAGUUCAAGAAAAUCCAGUCAACUUCCAAGCUGGCUUCCAGGGCCCAAAGAAUCUUUGAUGAAUUCAUCUGCAGUGAAGCUCCGAAAGAGGUGAACAUUGACCAUGAAACUAGAGAGCUCACCCAGAAGAACUUGCAGGGAGCCACCACUACAUGCUUUGAUGAGGCUCAAGGAAAGACUCGUACUCUGAUGGAGAAAGAUUCCUAUCCCCGCUUCCUGAGAUCAGCAGCAUAUAGAGACCUGGUAGAACAGGCCUGUGUGGCUUCUACCUCCCAGUCAGGUGGCCAGUGCUCACACACCUGAGUGACCGGACCGCAGUCAUACUUCUGGAUGGGAGAGGCAGGAGCUGUAAGGCAGCUGGGAUCACACGUUCUGGACUCCAACUCUCCUGAAAUAUCUCAGACUAAACUGCUACCAAAGGGAAUCCUCACCCUUCCCUCUAUGGGAGGGGGCCAAAAGGAACAAAGGAGAUAUCUGGACAAUAGAUCCCACUGGCUUCUUUCAUUCUUACUAGGACGAAUGAGGGUUCCUGAGAUGGUCAGUUUUGGGGGGAAAUGUGUAUAAAUGAAAACCUGCUAAUGGGAAGACAUGAAGGGCAGAAGAACAAGAUGGGUGAUUUGCAUAUUGAUUAAUUCUCUCAAACUCUGGGCAAAGAGAGGACCUCCUUCAGUUGCCUCUCACCUACUGUCUGGGGUCUGAGUCUGCCCAAGAGCUCUACUUGCAUUCCUUGCCUUUCUAUCCUCCCUUCCUAUAAGCUAGGGUUUAACAGAGAGGGAGCCAGGUGUGCCUGCAGUAGAUCCAGAUGAAGUUUGGGACUCCCUCCCUGAGUCAGUUAUUGAACCCUACCUAGGAAACCAUUUUGUUCUUGGGAAAGCAAUGUCUCAGGCCAUCUCCUGCCCUUUGCCAUUGAAACAGAGAGUUGGGAUGAGAACGGGAACAAAAUGAGAAUUACAUCUUCUGACUCCCAGUUCAGGGCUCUUUCUAUCACAUCCCUAUUUAAUACGACCCAAGGAGGGCUGGCUUUUAGUCUAGGGAUGGCAGUUACAAUGGGGACAGUUUGAAUUGAUGGAACUUGAACCAGAAUUACCUUAGGUCAAUGAAGCAAGGCUUUUAAUGGAGUCUAGGAAAGGAUAAGGCCGGACAAGGUCAGGAGACAGGAGGCAGGGCUGCUAAGAGAAUCAACACCUAUUUAUUUCAUUCUGAACAAAUGUGUUCCUCCACUUACCCACACUGGAAAGGGAAGUGGUCCAGUCAUCCAGCUAGAGAUGGCCCUUUCGACCCAGGAGACAAAUGAACACGGUUCUCUUAUCCUUGGGAGCUCCUCCAGAGAGUUCUGUCCACUGUGAGAGGACAUUGACUUAGUGUAUUGCUGUUGUUGUCUUCGUCAUUAUUGUUAUUAUUAUUGGAGUUGUUGUUAUUGUUAUUUAUUAUUUGUAAUUUUCAAAUCCCCUUGUCUGGAGGACCUCUCAAAACUCGCAGUCAGAUUUUCCUCCUCUAUACCCACGUCUACCUCUGAGGCUGCUGGGAGCCCCUUGUGGAGGGUCAGGGGCUCCUGACAGCUUCCAUAUGUGUUUAUUUAUUAAUUUUGACAUUGGGGGCUGGUUUCCUAGAUGUGAAUGAAGCCCAUGAUCCUCCUCUCCUGUUUGACAGCAUGUCACAUUCUGGUGAAAUAAAGUGAAAGUCUCAAA